UACUCGGUGUUUUUUUAAAACUGCUGUGAUGGUUAAUUUUCCUGAGCCUACUCACAAAUAAACGUUCCCACACGCACGUCACCCUUUAGCAAGCAAACCCUAAAACCUUUAUCCACUGCACGGAGCACACACAAACACACCAAAGCCGCAGUACAGAACUAAACUGUCCCGACAUGGACGGGUCUGCGGCGGAGGUCGUCGUCGAUGAACCGAAGGUUCCGAUGGAUCAACCUUCAGACGGAGGAGGAGUUGCUCAACUAACACCGGAAGAGCUGGUGGCGAAAUCCAUUGCUCCGGUGAAGAGAGAGUUCCUUCGUCCUCCGCCUACCAGACCUUGCAAUAACGACUCCAACGACGUCGUUUCUGACGCUAAGCCCGCUUCUUCCAACAUUCUCAAGGAGAAGAAAUCGAAAAGGCAGCUCAAGAGAGAACGCCGCCAGGAACAAAAGUCUUCGCUAAAUCUCUGUCCUGAGGUUGCAAAAAGCGGAGAUGUCAAUUCAUGUCCUUAUAAAGACAGUUGUCGCUUUAACCACGACUUAGAAGGCUUUAAAGCUCAGAAACCAGCUGAUUUAGAGGGAAACUGUCCUUUCCUCACCACUGAAGGGAAAUGCCCUUACGGGCUGGCCUGCAGAUUUUCAGGUACACAUGUGGAUGGUGGUCCUGCUGGAACCUUGAAUGUUCAGAAGAAAAGCUCUGAAAUGAAUGGACUGAACAAAGAUGUCCAGAGGCUUCUCUGGAAAAACAAAAUGGGCUUCCCUAAGGCAGAUGCUACACUCAAACUUCUUGGGCUUCUGGGGAAGACAAAUCCGAAAGCAAAAAUGUUGGUAGAUAAGAAGGAAGGUGAUCAGGCUGCUUCAAAUGGGUCUUGUGCUACUGCUGAAAAUGGUUGUACUGAAGUGGCUGGUGAUUCAGUUAAAAAAGUGGAAUGCUCUCCAGAAGUGCCAGAGUGCUCUUCAAAAGCACCGGUAGAAGAUGGUUCCAUAGAUGAGGCAAUUGUAGCCGAUGAACUUAGGCCCCUUAAGAAAUCAAAAUCUUCAAUGGACGAUAACUGUUGUCCUAGUGAAGUAAAUAAUGGUGCGGGUGUUCCUAAGGAAGAUUUGGAAAAAAACUGUAUACAAACUGAAUCAGAAACUAUAGCUGACCAUGUUCUCACAGAAACUGAUGCAAGCCUUAAGCUACAUCCACGUGAAAAGAAACUAAUUGAUUUUAGAGAUAAACUGUAUCUUGCACCUCUGACCACAGUUGGGAAUCUUCCCUACCGAAGAGUUUGCAAGGUGUUAGGAGCUGAUGUAACAUGUGGUGAAAUGGCGAUGUGCACUAAUCUCUUGCAGGGUCAAGCUUCAGAAUGGGCAUUGCUGAGGCGUCAUUCAUCCGAGGAUUUGUUUGGCGUUCAAAUAUGUGGUGCAUAUCCAGACACGGUUACGCGAACGGUCGAACUUAUAGAUCAAGAAUGCACAGUAGACUUCAUUGACAUUAAUAUGGGGUGCCCAAUUGAUAUUGUUGUUAAUAAGGGUGCUGGAUCAUCUCUUCUUACAAAACCAAUGCGAAUGAAGAAUGUUAUACAGGCAGCUUCCGCCACAGUGGACAAACCUAUUACCGUCAAGGUGCGUACUGGUUAUUUUGAGGGGAGAAAUCGCAUCGAUUCAUUAAUUGAAGAUAUUGGUGGUUGGGGAUCAACUGCAGUGACAAUACAUGGUCGAUCACGUCAGCAACGUUAUAGCAAGCUUGCUGAUUGGGAAUACAUCUAUCAGUGUGCGAGAAAGGCCCCUGAUUCUUUGCAAGUCCUGGGGAAUGGAGAUAUCAAUUCGUAUUUAGACUGGAACAAGCACAGGUCUGAUUGCCCUGAGCUCUCUACAUGCAUGAUUGCUCGAGGAGCGUUGAUUAAGCCUUGGGUAUUUACUGAAAUCAAAGAACAAAGACACUGGGACAUCAGUUCUGGGGAACGAUUAAAUAUUUUGAAGGAUUAUGUACGUUUUGGCCUUGAACACUGGGGUUCUGACGCAAAAGGAGUGGAAACAACUCGACACUUCUUGUUGGAAUGGCUUAGUUACACAUGCAGAUAUAUCCCUGUUGGCCUUUUAGAAGUAACUCCACAACGACUGAAUUGGCGGCCACCCUCAUACUAUGGUCGGGAUGACCUUGAGACGCUAAUGGCCUCUGAUUCUGCGGCGGACUGGAUUAGGAUAUCUGAGAUGGUACUUGGCAAGGUUCCAGAGGGCUUUACAUUUGCACCAAAGCAUAAAUCCAAUGCCUAUGACAGAGCAGAAAAUGGCUAAUGGACUACUGCCUAUGCCUUGCAAAGUGAAGCAAGUGGGCUUCUAAUAUAAGUUGCUAUGAUCAACGAUGUCGCGAGAAUGAAGUGGGUUUUGAAGCUUGAUUAUUUUUUCAUCCAUGAUGCUAAUUUUAGAAGGUCAAAGCAAAAGAUCUCAUUAAUAUAAAAUGUAUUCUAUUUACCUUCCCGGGAAAAAAAAGAAAAAAAAAAAAGAUAUUGUACUUGAGCAUUACAUAGAUUGGCUUAAUUUUGUGAGGCAGAAUUAUAAUUUAAUUGAAGUCUUCUAUAGUUCUAUUGUUUUGCCCUUUGAAUGAAUUAUUAUGUAAUUUACUUGCA